AUGGAACUUUCGGACAUGUUAGAAUCAAAAGAUGAGAAAAUACCUAAUACUGGUGUGAAUGUAACAUUACACCCUCCACUAAAUUCAACUGAUGACGUAACAGAUGAAUAUUCGAGUGCUGAAGAAAAUCCAAGUGUAGAUAAAUUACCAGCAAGUCAGCUCUAUGCUACUGUGCUACAUGACCUAAAAGAGAGGGGCGUGGAAGCAACAGGAACAAUAAGUGGAAACAGCGUUAAGAAUUGUACUCUAUCAUUUGUAGAUAAAAUGAUAAAAGAAAAUAGAGGAUCAAAUGAAAUUUGUUCUUACUCAGCAUCCAGGAUUUCCAUUGCACGUUGGAAUGACAACAAUGUUGUUACUGUAGCCACCAACUUUGACAGAGUGCAACCACUAAGCUCUGUAACAAGAUUUUCCAGGGAACAAAAGAAAAGGAUUAGCGUGCUUAAACCUAACUUAUUACACUCCUGCAAUACCCAUAUGGGAGGCAUAGAUCGAACUGACCAAAAUGAAUCCCCAUAUAGAUGCUCUAUAAGAGGGAAAAAUGAUCAUCUGACAUUUCGUCGUCGAAUUGUCACUGCAAUUCUUGAAAGUAACAAAAGAGUCACUACCAGCAGAGGACGUUCUAGUAAGAGGGCAAAACUAAAUUCUAGAUUUGGUGGAAGAGAACAUUAUGUUACUGAAUUACCAACGGACGAGAUAACAAAAAUGAAGAAGCAGCUGAAAUGUCGAAAACUUGCCACAAAAAAACUACUACUAUCUGUUUUAGCCAAUAAUUCAAAUUUAUUUAUGUUUAUUUGA